CUAGCAUCUCCCCCGUAUAUAUAUGCUUGCUCCGCUCAUUGUCAAAGGCGUCUCCAUUGCGUCUAGCAUCUCCCCGGUAUAUAGCGCGCCCCUACGUAAACCCUCACCCACCACCACGCCGUAGCGGAGAGAAGAAAGGAGCGCGCGAUCGAUGUCGGGCUCCGGCGAUCAUCGCGGCGGCGGGCCUCCGGGUUCCGAUGAUGGCUGGGAAAUCGUGGGGAAGAAGAAGAGAUCAGGCCGAGUAGCUGGGAGACAGCGGGCACCACAGAGUUCCACAAAUGCGACACCUAACACAGCAAGGACAGCAUGGGGUGGCAAUGGUGCUGCUAACAGAGGCAAUCCUAGACCGCCACCACAAGCACCACGCCCUGUUCCUACUCCAUCUCUGGCAAAUGGUAGGCAGUGGCCAUCCGGGCCUCGCCCAUCUGGUUCUGAAGUCGAGAAGGAUGAUGCUCCUCCAACUGGUUCUGACCGUGAGGUGGAGAAUGUUGAUGACAACACCACAUCACAUGACGAUGAUGAUUUGGGUGAUGAUACCAGUGAUGACUAUGAUUCUGAUGCAAGUGAGAAAAGUUUUGAGACUCGAAAAAUGAACAAGUGGUUCAAAAAGUUCUUUGAAGACUUGAAUAAAUUGAGUGUGGAACAGAUUAAUGAACAAACUAAGUCAUGGCAUUGCCCGGCAUGCCAAAAUGGACCUGGGGCAAUUGACAGGUACAAAGGGCUGCAACCUUUAGUGACUCAUGCUAGAACUAAGGGUACUAGAAGGGUUAGGCUUCACAGAGAAUUUGCUGCAUUGCUGGAAGAGGAGCUAUCUCGCAGGGGAACUUCAGCGGUACCAGCGGGUGAACAAUUUGGGAAAUGGAAAGGACUACGAGAAAGCACCGAUCGGGAGAUAGUAUGGCCACCAAUGGUUAUUGUUAUGAACACUUUAUUGGAAAAAGAUGACGAUGAUAAGUGGAAGGGCAUGGGGAACCAAGAGCUCCUUGAUUAUUUUAAAGAUUAUGCAGUAACUAAAGCACGUCAUGCCUAUGGUCCCUCUGGGCACCGUGGUAUGGGCUUGCUAUUAUUUGAAAGCUCAGCGGUGGGCUACAUAGAAGCUGAACGUCUGCAUAGGCACUUUGUUGCUCAAGGUACAGACAGGAAUGCAUGGAACCUCCGCAAGGAUCGAUUUGUACCUGGUGGGAAAAGGCAACUACACGGCUUCUUAGCGAGCAAAGAGGAUAUGGAGGUGUUUAACAAACAUUGCCAGGGUAAAAGCCGCCAGAAGUAUGAGAUGAGGUCUUACAAUGAGAUGGUGGUGAUUCAGAUGAAACAGAUGAGUGAAGAUAACCAACAACUGAAUUACCUAAAGAACAAGAUGGUUAAGACAGAGCAGAGAUCUAAAGCAGUAGAAGAAACAUUGGGUAUUAUUACCCAGAAGCUACGUGAGACUAUGGAAGAGAACGUAUUUGUCAAGAGGAAAGCAAAAGAGAAGCACUUGGAGUAUGAGGAAGAGAUGAAGCACCAGGAGGAAUUUUUUCAUAGUCAAAUUGAGGGUAUUCACAAGGCCACAGAGGAUAAAGAAAAACGAUUUGAGAAGUUGCUGCAGGAGGAGCGCUCAAAGGCUAGACGCUUUGAUGUUGAUUCUGGAACUACCGAAGAAGAUCGUAAGCUAAGGAAGGAACAUGUACAGAAGUUCAUUGAUUGCCAGGUCAAGAAUGUGGCAGAGUUUGAAGCUGAGCGGGAUGAGCUGAUCAAAGGCCACGAGGAGAAGAAGAUGAAGCUCAAGAAACAAUACAUGGAGAAGGAGCUGGAGCUGGAGAGGGAUCACGACGCAGCCCUGACGGCCCUGAUGGAGAAGCAUAAGCCAGAUACUUUUGAGGCCUCCAGCUCGUGAAUAGGCUUCAGCGAGAUAUUCAAUAGAUGUUGCUAAAACAUGGUGUCUGUUGUGGUAGUGUGCGUGAUAUGGAGACAUGACAUGACCAACACCGCGUUAUAUGAUCGUACUGUGUGGUUCGAGCAUCUGAACACUGAGCGUAUUGCCUGUGAGGCUGUGAUGGCAUAUGGGGUCAAACCACAGCUUCGAUUUUGCCCUCUAAGCCAUCUCUAUAGACUGCUGUCUAUAGAGUAAAGAGUUUGUAACAUGAAGUGAGAUAGGGAAGCCAUCUCUAGCAGUUUACUCA